AUGCGGAGGAACAAGAGAUGUCUGCUCGCUUACCAUCGUGUGCGAGCUGAGAAGCUCGAACAGAUGUGUUGGAGUGGCAAGGAUGUGCUAGAUCAAACUUAUCAUGGUGACAUAGGACAGAGCAAUCGAGCGAAUCCGGGCAGUGAAAGCUCAUUGAGCCCUGAAGAAGAAGAAUAUUUCCGACAGUACAACGAUAUGAUGUCUACCUACAAAGGACAAUGGACCGAUAUAGACCUUACAGGAAGUCUUGAACCACCUCGAGACCUCUUCGUCGAUGUCAGAGUUCUGAAGGAUGCAGGAGAGAUUCAGACGGAAUAUGGAUCGAUCAACCUGACUAAGAACAGCCAGUUCUACGUAAGACUCGCUGACGUUGAGAGACUUAUUGCACAAGGCUUUCUGCAGCGUCUUAAUUGA